CUGUGUUCUUUUGAACUCUUCUAGGGCAAAAUGAAAGUGUCUGUGAAUUACGGCGGUGACCCUAUUCCGAAGAGCCCCUUUACCGUAGGGGUGGCAGCGCCGCUGGACUUGAACAAGAUCCGAAUAAAUGGCCUGGAAAGUAGAGUGGAGGUUGGCAAAGAUCAGCUGUUUACUGUGGAUCCUAAUGGAGCUGGUGGGCAAGGAAAACUGGAGGUGAAGAUCUCCAGCCCUAGCCGAAAAUCAGUCCCGUGUCUGGUGGAACCUGUUGGUGGUAAAGAGUGCAGCACUGUGAAAUAUAUUCCCAAAGAGGAGGGUCUGUACAAUGUUGAUGUGACUUAUGAUGGGAAUCCAGUUCCUGGAAGUCCAUAUGUAGUGGAAGCCACUUUGCCUCCUGAUCCAUCAAAGGUGAAGGCCUAUGGACCAGGUCUCAAAGGUGGUCUUGUUGGAAAACCUGCCGAGUUUACCAUUGAUACAAAAGGAGCUGGAACUGGUGGUUUGGGUCUAACUGUUGAAGGACCUUGUGAAGCGAAGAUUGAAUGUUCUGACAAUGGCGAUGGCACAUGUUCUGUCUCCUACCUCCCUACUACACCAGGAGAAUAUUUUGUUAACAUCCUGUUUGAGGAAACCCACAUUCCGGGGUAACCUUUUCAAGCAAAUGUUGAAAUGCCCUUUGAUCCUUCCAAAGUAAUCGCCACGGGUCCAGGCCUCGAGCAUGGCAAAGUAGGAGAAACUGGCUUGAUUCAUGUGGACUGUUCCCAAGCAGGACCAGGUGACCUGGCAGUUGAGUCUGUCUCUGAUUCUGGGUCACAAGCGGAGGUUAAUGUACAGGAUAACAAAGACGGGACAUACACAGUCACCUACGUGCCACUUUUUGCUGGCAUGUAUACACUGGCAUUGAAAUACGGUGGAGAACAAGUGUCAAAGUUCCCUGCCCGAGUUAAAGUUGAUCCAGCUGUGGAUACCAGUAAUAUUAAAGUGUUCAGACCAGGAAUUGAAGAAAAAGGGGUUUUUAGAGAAGCUACAACAGACUUUACCGUGGAUGCCAAAUCACUAGCCAAAACUGGAGGCGAUCACGUCGAAACCAAAAUCACUAAUCCGUCCGGUGCGUCCACCGAUUAUGUUCUAAGAGAUAAUGGAGAUGGAACUUACUUUGUGGAGUACACUCCCUUUGAAAAAGGUGUUCAUACAAUUAAGGUGACCUAUGAUGAUGAUGAAGCCGUCCCCAACAGCCCAUUCCAAGUAGGAGUGACAGAGGGGUGCUACCCUGACCGUGUGAAAGCCCAAGGUGCUGGACUCACAGAAGCUGUGACAAGCAAGCCAAACUUGUUCUCAGUCAUUACAAGGGGGGCUGGGAUUGGUGGUCUGGGAAUUACAGUUGAAGGACCCUCGGAAUCCAAAAUGUCUUGUAAAGACAACAAAGAUGGCAGCUGCAGUGUGGAAUACACUCCAUAUGUUCCAGGGGACUAUGAUGUGAAUAUAACAUAUAAUGGAGAGCAUAUUCCAGGCAGUCCAUUCAGAGUACCAGUGAAAGAUGUUGUGGAUCCCGGCAAGGUCAAGACAUCUGGGCCUGGGCUGGGCACAGCAGUACGAGCAAAUAUCCCCCAGCAGUUUACUGUGAAUAGCAGCAAAGCUGGAAUUGCUCCCCUGGCAGUGCAGGUGACGGGACCAAGAGGGACGGUGGAACCAGUAGACAUAGUGGAUAAUGGAGAAGGGACUCACACAGUGAGUUAUACGCCCACGCUGGAGGGCCCCUAUACCGUAGCUGUCCAGUAUGCUGAUGAAGAGAUCCCACGAAGUCCUUUUAAGGUGAAGGUCUUGCCAACGUAUGAUGCCAGCAAGGUGACUGCCAGCGGUCCUGGACUCUGCGCUCAAGGAGUUUCUGCCAGCCUGCCAGUUAAUUUUGCUGUAGAUGCCAAGAAUGCAGGACUAGGACCUCUGUCGGUCCAAAUCACGGAUCAAGAAGGGAAGCCAAAGAAAGCACAUAUUCAGGACAACAAUGAUGGCACCUAUUCUGUAUCUUACAUCCCAGACAGGACUGGGCGCUACCAUGUUGCUGUGAAAUAUGGAGGAGAUGACAUCCCUUACUCCCCAUAUAGAAUUUGUGCCAUGUCCAUAGGAGAUGCCAGCAAGUGCACAGCAGCAGGUUCCGGUAUCCAGGCAGCAGUAAAAACAGGGGAGGAAGUUGGUUUUGUGGUCGAUGCCACAACCGCUGGUAAAGGGAAAGUCACGUGCAGCAUCCUCGGCCCAGAUGGGUUGGAGACUGAAGCAGAUGUGAUCGAGAACGCGGACGGCACUUAUGACAUUUACUACACUACAGCUAAAACCGGACCCUACGUCAUCCACGUUCGCUUUGGUGGAGCUGACAUCCCCAAUAGCCCCUUUACUGUAAUGGCUACAGAUGAAGUCCCCGUACAGGUGCAGCAGCAGUCCCUUAGUGCAUGUCCUCCAGGCUACCAGUCCUUGGUAUCGGAGGCAGAUUAUGCUCCUGUUGGCUCAAUGAAUGGUCUGGGUUUCCGGCCUUUUGAUUUGGUUAUUCCAUUUGCCGUACGAACUGGAGAGAUAACAGGGGAAGUUCACAUGCCUUCUGGGAAGACAGCCCCCGCAGAUAUUGUUGACAACAAAGAUGGUACUGUGUCUAUUCGAUACGUUCCCACAGAAACUGGACUGCACGAGCUGGCCAUUAAAUGUAAUGGAGCUCACAUCCCAGAAAGCCCACUGCAGUUCUUCGUGAAUUAUCCAAACACAGGAAGUGUCUCUGCAUAUGGACCAGGCCUUAUCUAUGGGGUCGCCAAGAAGCCAGCCACAUUCACAAUUAUAACAGAAGAUGCUGGAGAAGGGGGCCUGGAUCUGGCAAUAGAAGGGCCCUCCAAGGCAGAGAUCAGCUGCAUUGAUAACAAAGAUGGCACUUGCACUGUGACAUAUCUGCCCACCCUUCCAGGAGAUUAUAACAUCCUAGUGAAAUAUAAUGACAUACACAUCGCUGGAAGCCCUUUUGUUGCAAAAAUCACAGAUGAUAGCAGGCGGCGCUCACAAGUAAAACUCGGUUCCACGGCAGACUUUUUAUUGGAUAUCACGGAGACUGAUUUGAGCCUUCUGUCUGCCAGUAUAAAAGCCCCAUCUGGUCGUGAUGAGCCCUGUCUUCUGAAAAGGCUUCCAAACAACCAUAUUGGAAUUUCAUUCAUCCCAAGGGAAGUUGGGGAGCACUUAGUCAGCAUUAAGAAAAAUAGCCGCCACAUACCCAACAGUCCUAUAUCCAUCAUGGUUUACCAGUCAGAAAUAGGGGACGCCAGCAAGGUGAAAGCCUUUGGGCCAGGUCUGAUUGAAGGGCGGUCGUAUGAGAUGUCAGAUUUUAUUGUGGAUACCAGAGAGGCAGGCUACGGCGGGCUCUCGCUGGCAGUGGAAGGACCCAGUAAAGUAGACAUCCAAACAGAGGACCUAGAGGAUGGCACAUGCCAGGUCUCCUAUUGUCCAACAGAACCAGGAGUUUACAUUGUAUCCAUCAAGUUUGCAGAUGAGCAUGUUCCAGGAAGCCCAUUCACAGCCAAAGUGAUUGGGGAGGGAAGAAUGAAGGAGAGCAUCACACGCAGGAGGAAAGCACCAUCUGUGGCCUCAGUGGGUGGCCUUUGCGAGCUGAACCUGAAAAUACCAGAAAUUGACCGACAUGAACUGACGGCAAAGGUCAUCAGCCCAUCAGGGAGGAAACAAGAAGCAGAGAUUGUUGAUCUUGGACAGAACACGUCGUGUGUGCGUUUUGUGCCACAAGAGACCGGGAUCCACACCGUGAGCGUAAAAUACAAAGGGGAGCAUGUGCCAGGGAGCCCAUUCCAGUUCACCGUUGGACCCCUGGGAGACGGUGGAGCUGAGAAAGUGAAGGCUGGAGGCCCUGGAUUAGAAAGAGGAGAGGCUGGAGUUCCAGCUGAAUUCAGUAUAUGGAUCCGGGAAGCUGGUGCCGGAGGCCUCUCCAUUGCUGUAGAAGGCCCAAGUAAAGCUGAACUUUCAUUUGAAGACCGGAAAGAUGGCUCUUCUGGAGUUUCCUAUGUUGUACAAGAGCCUGGUGACUACGAAGUGAUUAUCAAGUUCAACGAUGAACAUAUUCCCCAGAGCCCAUUCCUAGUUCCCAUCGUUGCCACUUCGGACGAUGCCCGUCGGCUCACUGUCACCAGCCUUCAGGAAUCUGGAUUGAGAGUUAACCAACCAGCAUCCUUUGCCAUACGGCUUAAUGGGGCUAGAGGCAAGAUUGAUGCCAAGGUUCAUAGCCCGUCUGGAGCGGUGGAGGACUGCUUUGUCACUGAACUGGAACCAGAUAAGUAUGCUGUACGCUUUAUGUCCCGGGAGAAUGGGAUCCACAUGGUUGAUGUCAAGUUUAAUGGGAGCCACGUUCCUGGGAGUCCAUUUAAAGUCCGAGUAGGGGAGGCAGGACAGGAAGGAGAUCCAGGGCUAGUUACAGCCUACGGAGAUGGACUGGAGACUGGUACUACAGGUAAACAAUCAGAAUUUAUCAUCAAUACAAGUAAAGCAGGACCAGGGGCCCUCUCCGUGACAAUUGAGGGGCCAUCCAAGGUAACAAUGGAGUGCAAGGAAUGCCCAGAUGGAUACAAAGUUCUCUACACUCCAAUGGCCCCAGGGAUUUACAUGAUUGGAGUGAAAUAUGGGGGGCCCAACCACAUUGUCGGCAGUCCUUUCAAGGCCAAGGUCACAGGUCAGCGCCUUGUGGGUAUCGGUGGUACCAGUGAAACCUCCUCUAUCAUCGUUCAGUCCGUAACCCGAGCUUCCACGGAGACCACGUACAGCGCUUUGCCGAGAUUUGCAUCAGAUGCCACCAAAGUGACGUCCAAAGGCGCCGGCCUAUCAAAAGCUUUCUUGGGACAAAAGAGCACUUUUACUGUAGACUGCAGCAAAGCAGGUUCCAACAUUCUGCUGGUGGGGGUCCACGGCCCCACCCUGCCCUGCGAGGAGGUCUCUAUUAAACACAUGGGGAACAAACACUACACUGUCACUUACCAUGUGAAGGAGAGAGGGGAUUAUUUGCUGGUGGUGAAAUGGGGAGAAGAGCACAUUCCCGGGAGCCCAUUCCACAUCACUGUCCCAUAAUUCCUGGAUAAAAAAAAAAAAUGAUAAAAAUGAAUUGAUUAUAUGGAGCUGAGAAUGUCGGGGAGUGGAAAACAUUGCGUAAAAUUUUAUAUUUGACUUUUUUUAUAUUAGAGAAAUUACAAAUUUUAUGUGCAUUUUAGAAGACCGGACAAUAAUUGAAAUACUGGCCCGUCCUACGCUGCUUAUGGGUUUAUUUAUAUGUUUAAUAUUAUUAACCCCUGCGGCUCCACAGAACAACAACCAAUCACGUUCCCAAUGAUGAAAUGAUAUUAAAGUAUGAAUAAAAUAAACUGGAAUUAUUCAUUAUCACAUGAUCCAUAACUACUGACCCCUCCUCUUUUCUCAUCUCUUAACCAUGAACCAAUAAAAUCUCUCACUUUGGAUUAAUCCUUAA